GCGGCCCCGGCGCUGUCCGGAGCGAAGGACAAGACGGUGGCCGAGAGGCGCGCGGCGGCGGACGGUGGCCGGCAUGGAGCACCUGGAACGCUGCGCUUGGUUCCUGCGGGGCACGCUGGUACGGGCGGCCGUGAGGCGCUACCUGCCCUGGGCGCUCGUGGCUUCCAUGGUGGCGGGCUCCUUCGUGAAGGAGUUCUCCCCGCUGCCCGAGAGCUACCUCAGCAACAAGCGCAACGUCCUGAACGUGUACUUUGUCAAAUUGGCCUGGGCCUGGACGUUCUGCCUCCUUUUGCCUUUCAUUGCCCUCACCAACUACCUCCUGACGGGCAAGGCCAGCCUGGUCGUGCGGCGGCUGAGCACACUGCUGGUGGGUACGGCCAUCUGGUACGUCUGCACGGCCCUCUUCUCUAGCAUCGAGCAUUACACUGGCAGCUGCUACCAGUCCCCAGCCCUGGACGGGCUCCGGAAGGGGCUCCAGAGCAAGCCGCAGUGCCAGCAGGAGGGAGGCUUCUGGCACGGCUUCGACAUCUCCGGCCACUCCUUCCUGCUGGCCUUCUGUGCCCUCAUGAUCGUGGAAGAGAUGGCCGUGUUGCACGCGGUAAGGACAGAGCGGACCCACUUCCUGCACAUGGCUGUCACCGCCUUGGUGGUGGCCCUGGGCCUCCUGACCUGCGUGUGGCUGUGGAUGUUCCUAUGCACGGCAGUGUACUUCCACGACUUCUCCCAGAAGGUGUUCGGCACCAUGUUUGGCUUGCUGGGCUGGUAUGGGACGUACAGGUUUUGGUACCAGAAGCCCUUUUCACCAGGACUCCCGCCCCAGAGCUCUAGCUUGAACGUGAAGCAAGACGGUUACAAGAAAUGAGAUGGGAGCGGGCGAGGGGGGCGGCAGGGA